GAACUUUAACUUUGUCAUGUCACGCCUAUCCGACAGAUGGCGGUAGAGCAGGACAGUAUCGUACCACAUUUUGUGCCUCGAACAAGUUCUAAAAAAAUCGCGUUUGAAAGACUUCCCUUCGUAAACACGUGUGGUCUUUGAAAAUGCCAUUUGACACAAAGCGUAUUCGUGGACCAGAGGAGUCACAAUCCCCGCUACUUUUUCUUUCCCCUGAUAAAGUUCCGGAAAGCAGCAGCAGGCAAGGUCUCCGAGGGAAUGGAGAUGUCCGGCCAGUAUUUGCGCGUUGCGGACUCAUCAGUCAGGCCAAAGGAUCUGCUUACCUUGAGGCUGGAAACACAAAGAUAAUUUGUUCGGUUUACGGCCCAAAAGAAAUUGAACGCAAAGAUGAAACGGACAUGAAAACCGGUCGUCUCGUUUGCGACUUUAGGCUUGCGCCGUUUUCCUGUUUAAAACGAGGUGCCUGGAUCCAGGGCAGCGAGGAACGAGACCUGUCCGCGGCGCUGCUAGAGAGUUUGCAGCCUGGUGUUUGCCUGCACAAAUACCCGCGGUCUCAGAUCGAAGUUAAUGUCAUGGUUCUGGAGAACGAUGGCUCGAUUCUUGCACAUGCGGUUACAUGCGCUUCAAUGGCCCUGGCGGAUGGCGGCAUUGAAAUGUACGAUGUGGUGUUGGGCUGUGCACUGCGACAGAACGGAGAAUCUUGUCUCGUUGAUCCGUCAUACACAGAGGAGUGCGGGAACUGGCAGGCGGGGUACGGAGAGAAUCAGGGAUGUGUCACCUUGGCUCUGCUUCCAAAUCUAAAUCAAGUGUCUGGUUUGAAUGCUGAGGGGGACAUGCGGGAAGACACACUGACAGAUGCCGUGAGAACAUGCAUGGACGGCUGUCACAAACUCUAUCCGGUCUAUCAGCAAGCGUUGAUACGGGCUGUAAAGAAAAAAGCCCCGCCACCCGAGAAGUAAACUUUCUCAACAUGGCCUGAUGUUUAUUUUUUUACUUGUUCGAGAAAAUAAAAAUGUAAACAAUCAA